CUUUGUGUAAAAGAGUGGAGCUCGAUCUCGCAGUAUCGCUCUUCCCUCUUCCCCCGAAUCCUUUUAAAACUCUCCCCCUGGGUGUAUACCCCCCCGAACCUCUCCCCUUCUACCCUUAAAACCCCACCCUCCCCCUGAAUACAUCUCAAGGCACGGAUCAGAUUCCAUUUUUUUGUGACCAAAGACCCCAGCUUUUUGGACUCACCAGCCCCUGUCCUACACGCUGCAGUUAUGGACUCCGGUGUGAUUGAAGGAGGGCUCAAUGUCACCCUCACCAUCAGAUUGCUCAUGCACGGCAAGGAAGUCGGAAGCAUUAUCGGCAAGAAAGGUGAAUCGGUGAAGAAAAUGAGAGAAGAGAGCGGCGCUCGCAUCAACAUUUCCGAGGGGAACUGCCCAGAGAGGAUCAUCACCCUGGCUGGCCCUACCACCGCCAUCUUCAAGGCUUUCUCCAUGAUCAUCGAGAAGCUGGAAGAGGACAUCAGCAGCUCCAUGACCAACAGCACGGCCACCAGCAAGCCGCCGGUGACGCUGCGCAUCGUGGUCCCCGCCAGCCAGUGCGGCUCCCUCAUCGGCAAGGGCGGCUGCAAGAUCAAAGAGAUCAGAGAGUCGACAGGUGCGCAGGUUCAGGUUGCCGGAGACAUGCUCCCCAACUCCACCGAGCGCGCCAUCACCAUCGCCGGCACCCCCCAGUCCAUCAUCGAGUGCGUCAAGCAGAUCUGCGUGGUCAUGCUGGAGUCUCCUCCUAAGGGAGUCACCAUCCCUUACAGACCCAAGCCAUCAGGAUCCCCCGUCAUCUUUGCCGGCGGGCAGGCGUACGCCGUUCAAGGACAGCACGCCAUCCCACAGCCAGAUUCUUCCUCUGCCUCCAUCUCUCCACAGCUCACAAAGCUUCACCAGCUGGCCAUGCAGCAAAGCCCCUUUCCGCUGGCCCCCAGCAACCAAGGCUUUACUGGGAUGGACGCUUCAGCCCAGACGGGGUCCCAUGAGAUGACCAUUCCAAACGAUUUAAUUGGCUGCAUCAUCGGUCGCCAGGGCGCCAAGAUCAACGAGAUCCGGCAGAUGUCCGGCGCUCAGAUCAAGAUCGCCAACCCGGUGGAGGGGUCGUCCGACCGGCAGGUGACCAUCACCGGCUCCCCGGCCAGCAUCAGCCUGGCCGAGUACCUCAUCAACGCCAGGCUUUCCUCUGAGGCGACCGGGCUGGCGACCAACUGAACCGGCUCCUCCCACCUGCUGCACUAACUCCGCCCCUUUUACCAUGGUCACCUGUCAGAGUGGUUAAUGCAACAAUCCAGUAUUCCAAAUUCUCCCUUACAUCACCUCCCUUUUUUUCAUUGGUGUUUUUGUUAAAUUUAUGCCCGCCCCUUACGAUGAGCUGGGGGAAAAAAAAAAAACUUUUUUAUUUAUUUUUUUUCCUUAAAGAAUUUUGUUUUAAAAUUCCCUUUUUGAGUCCAGUUGGUGGUUUUAAAUGAUAUUAUGUUUUUUGAUGGGAAAAAAACAAAAUCUUGUGGUCUCCAUCUUUGUUUGGCAUCAAAAGUGUAGAGGUGGAAAAAUCUGAAUAGGCAUAGGUUUAGUUAUGUAACGUCAGAUUAUCUUUUUUUUUCUUUAAAAAUAAAAAGACAAAAAAAAAGAAAAAUAAAAAAAAAUCCAAAAAAUAAAAUAGAUUGACUGCUCUCUUGCGUUUUUUUUUUUUUUUUUUUUGUUUGUUUUUGUUUUUUUUUUUUUCUUUUCGUUUCUUGGUUAACCACGUCACCCUCCCACCCAGGGUUUGCAGACCAGCCGACCGAAAGUUUGAUAAUGGCCAAACUCGCGUGCUUUAGUGGUAGUAGAUACGUAAUUGUCACUGUGGGGAAGAGAUUUUGUAGAAUUUGUCUUGUAACCAGUGGCAUUUGGGUAUGACAUAACCUUAACACCAUUUAAAGUGGACGUAAAAUCUCUCGGUGUUAUUUUAACGGUAUGGGUUGACGUCAGACUUGAUUUGUUUUUCUGUGUCAUUCCUAUUUUUCCACCUUCCCCUUUUGCCCUGUUUUAUUUAAAGUGUUGGAGUUGGGGGGGGGGGGGGGGGGGGGGGGGGUGGGGGGGGGUGGGGGCAGGUCUGGUUGGGGUGGGGGUCACAGAUUCGUUUGCAGAAAAGCAGAGGGAAUUUUUUUUUUUGAUUUUUUUUUUUGUAAAGACUGAUACUACUAAACUGAGUUGGAAUAUUUGUUUUAAAUGGAGAAAAUAUUUUUUUUAACUACCAAAGGGGGUGACACUGUCUGAUGAUUGAUUGAUUGACAAGUCUGUAUAUGUGACGAGACUAUUAAAUUUGAGCAUUAAACUGAAACUAGACAAAGGACCGGUAUUGGAUUAACACUAGUUUCCUGCUUUUCUUUGCUGGAGUCAGAUAUUUUUAUUCUUUGCGGGGAAAAAAUAAACUCCUUUUUUGUGCACGUUUUCAAAGCUUACAGACCUGGGUGCCACAGAAUUUGUUGGGGAAAAAUACAGAAUUAAAAAGAUGUGAGAUGCUAAAAGAA